CUUUAUUGCAGUGCAUAUUUUAGAAUGUAUCAGACAUUUGAUAUUACUGAUAAUAAUGUUCAGUAAGUAUAUCAGUGUUUGCUGCAGGUACUGAUUUGAGAUAAUGCUUCGUCUGCACUAAUCCUUUUGUUCGCCGUAUCGUACUGUAGUUAAAUAAAGUAACUAAAAUGUGAGGUCUGUGUGUCAAUACUGUCAAAUAUUCCCCUUUCCCCCUCCCUCCCGAGUUCAUUGCUGUUUCCUGAGGCUGAAAGAAUAGCGCUUUUAUUUUGACAACGUGGUUCUCUAAUGCACCGGAAGUACAGCCAAUUCAAUCCAGGACUUUUUCUCGUUUGUAAUUUAUAUAUAUAUAUAUGACAUUUGUUUUACGCUCACUUAGUAUCUUUAUGACAUUAACCGCGUUGUUAAACUGUAGGAUUAUUUUGAUCUAAUAAUACAAAACGCUCAUGGGGCGCAAAUAUAAUUAGAGCUUAACUAGCCGCUAUAGAUACUUGGUGUGUAGUAAUGAGCUGCUGAAUGCUGAACAGGAUUUCUGCACUAUGCUGAUCUCAGGCAUUCAUGCGAAAAAAGAUGUGCAGAUAAUUGUGCGGUUUGCUGCUUUUACGCGAGUAUUAGCGCUUAUUUUACAGGCUGUGCUAAAUGCCCUAAUCCCUGAUCAUGAAGCAGAUGCCUUCAGUCCUCCGCGGGCAGAGGAACCACUCAUCUUGGACCACACCAUCGAGAUGCUCUUUAGUGGCUUGGGCCGCUGGGACGCUGAACAUUUUCUCUUCGUAGCAGAGCAUGGCUACUUGUUUGAGCACAGCUUUGCUUUUUUCCCGCUCUUUCCACUGGUCCUGCGUUCAGUAGCGACCCUCUUGCUGUGGCCUUUGAGUCCCUUUCUGACAGUACAUGGACGUUUACUCGUGAUGGUGGCCAUAGCUAAUAGCACACUCUUUGUGAUGAGCACAGUGGCACUUUAUGGACUAAGCCGCCUGGUUUUACAGGACCGAAAGCUUGCCCUGAUCUCAAGCCUUAUCUACUGCCUCACACCGGCCAAUGUUUUUAUGUUAGCAGGCUAUUCAGAAAGUCUUUUUGCACUUCUCACCUUUGGUGGUUUGUACUUAUUGGAGAGGGGGUUUACAAUUGGAGCAUGCUUCCUUCUAAGUCUUGCCACUGCUGCACGUGCUAACGGACUUGUGACUGCUGGCUUUCUGGUAUACCUGCCCCUGCAGCGGAGUCUCACUCAGGUGUUUAACAAAGGAUCUGGAUGGCACUACAGCUGGGCAGCUCUGAAGUUUUUGCUUUCAUCACCACUUUAUGUUGCAGUCGUUGUGCUACCAUUUUGCCUCUUCCAGCUUUAUGGCUACUACACAUUCUGCCUGCCAUCUUUGACUGAGGAGCAGAUUUCUCCUGCUUUCCUCAACCUGGCCAGGGAGAAAGGAUACAGAGUUCCUGAUGCAGCAGCACCUGCACCGAGCUGGUGCAUGAAACCUGUUCCAGUGCUCUACUCCUACAUUCAGGAUGUGUACUGGGAUGUCGGUUUCCUCCGAUAUUUCCAGUUAAAACAGAUACCCAACUUCCUCUUGGCACUUCCAGUUGCUACACUGAGUGCCCUGGCAUCAUACAUGUAUAUAAUGGCUAAUCCACGAUUUUGUUUGCAUCUCGGGCUGGGGGAGAUUGGAAAGAAAAAGAAAGAAGGAAAAACACCAACUGGCCUCUACUGCCCAAAGGUGUUUGUGUACAUUGUUCACUGCUCUGUGUUGCUAACAUUUGGCAUAUUCUGUAUGCAUGUCCAGGUGCUUACACGUUUUCUAGCCUCAUCUACGCCUGUUAUCUAUUGGAUCAGUGGUCACCUUCUUCUUUCCUGUGAACCCUUAUUAAAAGAAGAUAAAAACUUGGCUUAUGGCCAGCGACAGAACACCUUGGAACAAAACAUUUAUCAUUUUUCCUUAAUGUGUAUUAACAACCCUAUCACUCGGCUCCUGAUGCGAUGGAGGACUUGCUCCUUUCCCACCCACUGCAUUCUGGGAUACUUCAUCUCAUAUUGGCUGUUAGGUUUGUCUCUGCACUGCAACUUCCUACCUUGGACUUGACAGAAAAGGUAUGGCUAGACUCUUUGUUUUGGUGUGUGCCACAUUUGUGCAUCUGCACUAUCUUGCCUUCUGUUUGUGGAUUCUCAUGAAGAUCUGCUUAACAAGAUUAUUUUAAAAUGUUGGUUGUCAUAAAAAUGUCAGCUUUCUGUUGUACUGUAAAACAGCGACUGCUUUGGCUCUUUUUUCAAUAAACUUAUGCAUUCUUUAUCUUA